GAGGGGGAGGGGUGUCCUUCUUCGGGUGCCCUCUCUCCUGUCUUCAGCGACAGCGGCCAGCCCGUGGUGCCACGCCCACCUCUGCUGCAAAAUCCCCGUGACCCCCUCAAUCUCGAAGGGUUUUUGCCUAAAAACUGCCAGCUAAGACAGGUGGUAGUAGUGGUAAAGGCAGACGUGGAGGGAGGAGAAAGACAGUGUCCGUGACAGAGGAUGGAGGGCCUGGUGGUGGGAAGCAAGAGGGAGGGAGGGGGAGAGGGGGGUGGGGGAAGGGAGGGGGCAGGGGAGGACGGAGAAGGAAGAGCAAGAAAAUGGAGACUGAGCAGGCAGACCGCGCGGCUUCCUCAGGACCAGUGCUGGAGCCGCCAGUGUUCCGGCCAGAGGACCAGCGCUAUCACUACGGCAACUACGACAUGUACUACGGGUACAGGUGCUCCGGUCGGGGGUCAGCGGAGGUCAGCGACCCUCGUCUCGGCCACAUGAAGAGGGAGUGGUUUGAGGGAAAAGACUGCCUUGACAUCGGAUGCAACACUGGCCAGAUAACUCUUGCCAUAGCACGGCACUUCAACCCACAGAGUAUAGUGGGCAUCGACAUUGACCACAAGCUCGUGAGAAUCGCAAACAAAAACCUCUUCAGGCAGCAGAUUCCGGCGGUGACACCAGACGGCCGUGCCUUUCCCUCCUCCUUCACCUCCAUGGCUCCCUUCUCUCUCCUCUCCUCCAAGAUCCGCAGCAGUCGAGCCGCAUCUCGUGUCACCUCCACACCGCAGCCGUUCCCCAACAACAUCUCGUUCUCACAGGAGAACUAUGUGCCACAGUCAGAGCCGGACGUGGAGGCAGUGGAUCAGCAGUAUGACGUCAUCCUGGCUCUCAGCCUCACCAAGUGGAUCCACCUCAACUGGGGCGACGCGGGGCUCCGCAGAACGUUCCGGAAGAUGUUCCGUCAGCUGCGGCCUGGCGGGAGACUGCUCCUGGAGCCGCAGUCCUUCGCCUCCUACACCAAGAAGAAGAAACUGACCCCGGCCAUCUACCAGAACUACCACACCAUUGAGUUCCAGCCGAGUCAGUUCCAGGCCUACCUCAUGUCAGGCGAGGUGGGCUUCACUAAGCACAGGUUCCUCGGAGUCCCUCAACACAAGGCUGAAGGUUUCAGACGACCACUCCAUCUCUACAUGAAGAGCAAGACUAGUGAUUAUGGCAGUAGAGGAGGGGGAGAGAGCAGUGGGAAAGUGGGAGACCAGGAGAGUGUUGGAGGUUGGAGGAGGAGGGGAAGAAAAGAAUAGGGAGGGAGGAGAGAGGGGGGUGGAGGGCGAGGGAGGGGAAGAGGAGAUGGAGACAGUGUUUGCAGGGGGCGAGGGGGGUGGGGGAGGAGGGAGAUCUCAAGGAAAUGCUGCAGAGGGAGAAAGAGGAGUAGCGAGGGAGGGAGAGAGAGUCGCUCAACCUGAAGCAGUCACCAAUGAAGAGAAAGGUGUUGUCACAGAGACAGUGGUGGAGGAGGGGAGUCACUGUGACGGCAGUGUGGGACAGGAGAGAGCCAAGAGAGACAGAACCAGUGGAGAGUAGCUCUUAGAGUAUGUGCCGAUGGUGUUUUGUAGAGUAUAUGUAUGUUUCAUCUCAUUUUCCCAUGUCGAUACUUGAGAGAAAUAUGACAAUCAUGCAAGAGUAUUAUGAUUAGUUGUUAAUUUUAUGAGCCCCAGCCCUGACCACGCAAGAAUGUAGUGAAUUCAUCUUCUGGUGAGCCAAGGAGCAGUUAGAACGAAUGUGGAUGGCCAAGGUUCUGAAUUUGCGGGUCAAGGUUCUAUGGAACAACUAUAAUUAUACCGUUGUACAAUGCACAUGCAUGAAAUUAUAGUGUAUAGCAUACCAGCCAUAGAGAGAGAUGUAAAUCACAUUAUACAGUGUAGGAAUGGUUUAAAGGUCUUGCUUAGAUGAAUUGUCGUGCCAGAAAGUAUGUAUAUAAUUUUACAACACAAUGGAACUCAUCGUUAUGCAAGUUCAACUUCGUAUCGUUCUCCCUUGCCCCAUUUGUAGUGAGUAACUUGUCCAGCAUUGUUUGUGACUGGUAUUACAUCAUCUCCAUACUCAGCACCAUAGUGACCGCCAUAAUGAUAAUCAUAACCUUGAUAUUGUUGUUGGUAGUAUACUGUUCCAACAGUUUGAUCAGCAACUACGAUGCUUUGCUAGUGCUACCCCUCUUAAAAUCAGGUCCCCUACUCACUCUAGCACCAUUGCUGGGCUUACCACUCACGGUGAAAGAGUGUGAAGCCGUGCUCUUACCAAAUUCAACAGUAACAGUGUGUUUACCCCCACAUACCGGCUUCACCACAACUUUAUACCUGGAAUCUGAUGAGUAUCCAUGGCUGUUACCAGCUCGCUCCGUGUCAAAGCGUCGUGAUUGUACACUGCUACCUCCCCAAACAGCACCAGCAUCAAUGCGACUUUCUCGGGCUAUAGAUGUUACUGUUAUGUUUGCACUGUCCAACUUCUUUUGAGAUUGACCAUACUGGACGACAACCUUCAAUGUGGGGGGAGUGGCCUGUUGUAGAGCUAUAUUUGCCCCUGACCUGCCAUCAACAAGACCCUGGUUCCCAGAAAUUGUAAAAACAUAGUCACUGUUCAACUUUGCAUCUCUGGUUGCGACUUGAACUUGCAGGCCUUUUAGUUUUACAUGAUCUAUGCCACCAACUGUGGCUACUGCGAGAUUUUUCCCACAAUUAAAUUUCGGGGUCGAUAAAACUACACCAGUAAAUGGACGUUCAUCCCAUUCCCUCUGCCGGAUGAUUUUCAGCUGAUUGAUGCUCUGCAGGGCGGUAAGAAUCAUCUCACUGUCAUUGGUACACGUGAGAGCUUUGUCAACUAGACUAAAAACUGCGGAGAUAUGCCCAAUGCCCACUUCGUGAAACUCCUUGUCUGCCCAGAUCUGCUUCAGGUCUUUCUGACAAACCCCUUCAGCUUCUUGCAGAAGAGCAUUACGUCGCGCUUCGAUUGAGCGAACAAGAUUAUCGAAAAAUGAAUUUAUAUUGGCUUUCAAGGUUUGGGGAUGAGCGACUGCGGCUGCUUCGACUGUCUUAAUCCCCUGAAGAUUAUGCUUCAAAACAGUAAACUUUUUUUCAACGUUGGAUUUUAAGGACUUCAUUACUUUCCCGACAUUUUCACGAGCUUCCUCGGCAAACUUGAAGUUAUGCUGGCGAUGCUCUACUAGGGUGCAGUCACGACAGAUUAGCUUUUUGCAGUCCUCGCAGUAUAGCUUGAGAACUUCCCCUUUGUGCUGGGCACAGUAAUGAACCUUGCACGACUGCAAUGUAGCUGCAUCGACCUCAGCGAUAGGACAAACUUUAUGCCCCUCAUAGAUUUUUAGCCUUUUAUGGAGCUCCAGCCCACACACACGGCAAAGAUAUUUUUGACAAUUGAUACAAAAAUGCGAUAUGGUACAAGACUGCCCACACUCACCGCAAACUUGCGUUUCGGUAUUUUUUGACAGCCUCGCAGCUUCGACUUCAUGUGUCGCUAUGAAAUCAGUUAGCAGCCCAUCCAUCCCACCAGCCGGAAUUUGAUGUUCUUUACGGCAUUUUGGACAAGUGACCUGAUCUCCACCUCUAGCAGUUUUGUUCAGACACUCGAGACAGAAGGUGUGGCAACACGGCAGGACUUUUGGCUCGGUAAACAACUCCAGGCACACGGAACAAGUGUGCUCGCUUGAUGGACGGCCUUGACCGCUGUGAUGUUCAGCAGGGAACCCCUUCGAAGUCAUCGCGCUCAUCUUGGGGUGGUCUUCUGUCCAGAGGAGUCUGGAUCUGGUCGGGGUUUACCCUAGAGAGUUUACCAGACAAGUCAACCCCAGGCGGCCGGC